UGUGUAAAAAUGGCGGAUGCUUUCGAAACAAAAUUAAACUCGAAGGAAGUGUGUUUUGUGGACUGCCACGCGCAUAUAUCAGCGAAAGAAUUUAGUGAGGUAAUGUAAAUACUUUUUUCGGAUACGCUGUCGUUACUACACGGGAUGCUUUUUCUCCACGUGCAAUAUCAAAGUGGAUUAUACUUCGUCCACCGUAGACAUACAAUUAAAUGUUUCGAUAGCUGAUAGAUUUUCGCACAGCAUCGUUCUUGAUUAUCCGUAAAAAUCUUGAAUAGAGAAGACAAAGGCGAAAUUAUAGAUUGCCCUUUGGACUAUGGUUUUGAUUUACAAUAGUAUGGGGCUGUGCCAGGAAAUCUUUCCCCAGAGUCACCACUCAUUGACUUCAAGACAUUGGACACUCGAUUAGAUUUAAUCAGUGGCUUUGACGGCACAUGAAGGCUAAACGAAUCGUUCGUGUGAAGCUUUGGUAAUGCUAACUUGUGUGUCACGCUGUUCAGAUUGUGUACGUUGUAAAGAGUAGAUACUGAGUUGAUUUUUGAAAAGCUGUGUCCGAAAAAUUGUUGUUAUUGUUUAUUUUUUAUAUCGAAGGAUGUAGAUGUGGUGAUUGACGAAGCAAAACAGGUAUGCCAUCAGCGUAGAGCACAACCCUUAAAGUCUUUUUGAAAAAAUUUGUACGCACCAAAUGACUAUUAUUCUUGCUUGGCUUCCACCUUGUUGAUUAUUUUCCAGUAUGCUUAUGAAGUAAAGUUUACUGGUGGUUGUGAAGACUCUAUGAAAUAAAUUUACCUUUGAAUUUAUAGCUAUUAAUAAUUGUAAUAGACCAAGUUGAGUCUAAUUCGGUUUGUAGUCAUAUGAUUGAUUAACUAAAUCCAACCACUGCAAAGCGAGAGUCCGAUUUGUUGAUCACAAAUAUGACUACAGACAGAGUUAGAUUACACAAAGUCCUGUUACAAAUCAAUCAAAACUAUGACAAAAUCUGAGAAAGAAACUAGACAUCAUUUAUACAUUUUCGUAAAAAAAAAAUGACAGGUAACUCACCAAAAUGUGCAUUGACAGUGCAUGCAGAUGAUGGGUGCACUGUCCACUUUCACAGACAUGACAUGUCAAUUGUCCUAUUAAACUGUCUAAUUACAAACAUGAUGCAUACACUGUCUUAUCAGUGCUCAAAUUGGGCUGGUGAUAACCAAUUACAUUUGAAAAUUUUGUCAUAGUUUUGAUUAAUACUGUUAUUGGCAUUAUUAUGGUCAUGGUGAUAGUUUCUUUUUUUCUAAUUUUUUUUUCAUAACCCAAGAGACCUCUAUUCUGUACAGAUGAUAGUCAAAAAUGUUUUAAAAAGGUGAUUUUCUUCUAAUAUCAAACAUUUGGAUUGUGCCCUGUCCUCAGACCAACUCAUGCCCAUUUUGCAAACAUCCACCUCUGCUUUUAAUCCUCUUUAUGUACCACAUACAUUCACUUACUGGUAAUGCUGUGAACUUUUGUACCAUUUUACUGUUUUCAAAUGGUAGUUAGGCUUUGUUUUAGUCAGUUAAUAGCUGUGUUUUGUUUUAGGCUGGAGUAAGAGCUGUAGUUGGUGUAACAGAGUUUAAAACAGAAUUCACCGGAAUGCUCAAACUUCAUGAGAGGUGUGUUAAAAAUGUACUGUGUGCUAUGAAUUGUGAAUGGAUAUUAACCAUUGAGUUUACAGGAAUUUCUAUUUAGAAAGUAAGACUUUCAAAGGCUAUCAUCCAGUCCAACAGUGACCAUAUUGAUUCUGCUAAUUUAAAGUGACUGUUGGAAUAUCCCCUUUUCAUAUUGUGAUACCAACCUAUGGCUGAUGGGGUUACCCUGCCUAAAUAAAGAUGACUUGACUUGACUUGAAAUCUUUUUGAGCUGGCUCCAACAUCACACCUAUCAAUAUCACCUCUGAAUCACGCAUUAAGGUCAUGAGAGUGAAGGAAGUAAUCACCAACUAAAGAAGCGCUUGAUGGUUAACCUUUAACUCCCACGCUAGACCAAGACAGAAUUUCUCCUUACAGUAUCAAUACAAUAUUGAGCAGACAAGUGAUGAGAAUAAAGAAAAAUAUCAAUUUGGUGAUUGUUGAUUGAUCCAAAGUCUCUGAACUAACAUUGUAAGAAUUGUAGGGUGCGCAGUUAGGAGAAUUAUUAAUGAGAUCUUGGGAUUAAAAGGGUGAAACCAAUUCUCCCUCAGCACCCUAGGAAGUGCAUAAGGAACAGUAUGGAGAUUAUGACUACUGAUGUAAGGGUAUUAAGGGGUUAAGUAACAUAAAAAUUUUUUAAUACUAUGGAGCAGUGAUGUUUUACUGUGGAAUGAAGUUGUUAAAAAAUGAAAGUUGUACAAUUCUGGAAUCUUUCAAUUUCAGACAUCCAGACUUUAUAGCACCAUGUCUUGGUGUACACCCAGUACAGAGUCUCUGCCCAGAUCGCAGUGCCACCUUAGAAGUAUGUUUGGAAACAUCAGUGUUAUUUUAUAGGUACUCAAGUACAUAAUUAAAACUAUGAUCUCAGCCUUAUUAUCUGUUCUUUUGGCAGGAUCUUGAUGGUGUUGAGGAAUUUAUCAGAGAAAAUCAUGAAAAGCUUGUUGCAAUUGGAGAGGUUAGAAAGAAUUGUGUUCUGCAGUAAGUGUUGUAGCGACUCGAUCGUAUUAAAUUGUAUUCUUAGUUUGAAAGUAAUUCUCUUUUGAUUUGGGCAAGAGAAAGAUUAGCAGAAGAAAAGUGUAUGGUAGCAAGAGAAUGUAUAAUGAUACAUGUAGCUCCACAUCUGAAUCUGAAAUGGCUCAGGCCAGUAAAAUUGUUUUUCUUUUUUUUUAUAUAGCUAUAAACUAGGUAUAUUUAAACAUACUGUUUGAAAUGUGACAAGGGUUUAUAGCAGAGGGUCACUCUACAAAACUUUGGGAAGUUUAAAGGGAACCAAGGAAAUUCUUGUUGUGGACUGUACCUUCAUGCAUGCGAAAAAAUCAACACCUGAGAGAAAUUUCUGAGAAUUAUGCUUAGAUAGAAUUACUUUCUUGUGAGUUCAUAUUCAAAUUUCAGAGGUUUUAUGAUCUUGCCUUGACAUCAUGAAAUUAAGUUAUUUUGCGUAGUCUAAUAAUCAUUAUUGUCUAUCAUUAUUAUCUAUGAAGGUUGGCCUGGAUUUUACUCCACGCUUUAUAAGCAAAGAGGAGGAUAAAGAUAUUCAGAGAGAAGUGUUCAGUCGACAGGUAGUUAGCGGAUAUCUUCAUUAUCCCUUAUUGCCAACAUUCCAUUCAAAACUGGAUGAAAUCUGCGAAUAAUAAUACUCUUUGGUAUGAUUUGCUUCAAAUGGUACUCUGUUUAUGGUCAAUUGGUAGUAUCGGUAUUUAUCUUUUCUUUUGCAGAUAAAGCUUGCUCUGGAACUCAAUCUUCCUUUGUAUGUGGGUACAACUGUUAUAAUAAUUAUUAUUCUCCUCUGUAGCUGCUACACAUUUCCUUUUUAACUUGUCACUAAAACUUUGAAUUAGAUCAAGGCAACAACUUUUACCUAAUAAGUUUGACUAUUCUCAGUGCCUUUUUGCUGGAUAAUGUAUUGAUAUUUUAGGGAGAAGUUACAUGUUGAUCACUUCUGGGAGUUAAAGGGUUGAGUUUUUUUAUAGCAGGGGUUUCCUUGUCCAAUCCAGUUUACUUUCAGGCAGUCUAUGCAUUUAAAUAAUUUAAUCAAAAGUAGUGAUGAGUACAAUCAAACAUACCUUGUUGUAGGAAAAUGUUGCACACAUUUCGUUUUGGAGAGAUUUAUUUUCCAGCCAGUGGUCACAGUGAGAUUUGUGAGUUUGAGGCACUCACCAAUCUUCUGUGCUGUAACCCUAAAAAAUUAUUGCAUGGUAUUGAUAAUGGUAAUGGGCAGAGUGGAUUGAUAUUUGGUCUUUGAUCAUACAAGUGAUUUACAAAAGCAUAGGAUUAAAAAUUGGUGGUAGGAUUUGUUAAUUACAUGCACAAGUACAGAGAGAAUUCAAUAACACAUUGUAAGGAAUCAUUUUUUUGUUAUUGUUUGCAGAAAUGUGCAUUCACGCUCAGCAGGAAGACAUGUGAUUGAAAUGCUGCAGCAACAUGGUACUUUAUUUACCUUUCAGAGCCUAAUGCUCUCACUCCCAAGAUCACAAUAUAUAUUCUCCUUAAAGUAUGUUGUACAUCUAUCAUAGUAUCAGCUCUGAGAAUGUGAAAUAAGAUCAUGCAAUUUCCCUUUGCUGAUAUCUUACUUUCUUCUCAUCACCAUUCGGAUUUACAUUGUAUCGAUAUUGUUAGGAAUGAUCACCAAGUGGUCACUCAGGGAGUCAAAGGGUUUAAAUUAUAGUGUGAGAUUUCUCUCAUCUCUUAAUUAGGAAGUUAUAUUUUGUAAUCAAAACUAGUAUAUCAGUUUUUAACCAAAACAUUCUUACUAACAAAUAUCCACACAGAAUGCUUUCAACCUUUUGGAUCCUAUCAAUAUACUUACCACAUGUGAAGUUCAGUUUGAACUUGCUUGGCGAUGAAUUCUUAGUAAUUGACAGAGUAUCCACAUGUGAAAUCAGAACCAGUUGAGGUUCAAAUUCUCAUGCACAACUUAGUUUUUUUGUCCCAUAGGCUCAUGACAAAUUAUUAAACUCUUCCCAUGUUCUAUAGUAAGAAUAAUUUUAAGGUAAAAUUAAAUUAAGGUACUUCUUUAAGUUCUGCCAACAAGUUUGAAUCUAGUUGGCCUGUCAGAUAUGAGAGUGAAUUAAAAAAAAUAUAUUUUGUAACAUCUCUGAGUGUGAUGUUUGCUUUAUUGUCUCUUCACAAGGGGCCAGAAAUGUCCUGCUUCAUGCUUUUGAUGGGAAACCUUCCAAUGCCCUGAAGGGAGUUCAACAAGGCUACUACUUUUCAAUUCCACCAUCUAUUGUUCGCUCCCCUCAGGUAAGAUCAAAGCUUCAAGCUCAACUGUUGUCAAAGUUGUCAUUUGCAAACUCAUAUAAUGUCAUUUGUAGUUGCCAAGAAAGACAAAGGAAAAAGAAACUUUUUGCAUUGUAACAUGCUGCUGACCUCACCACUUGUGUAUAGAAUAACUGAAAUUACAGGCAAUGGGUUUUGGGGUUCAACAUCAUAAAGCUUUACCCUUUAUACCCUAACAUCAGUAUGCAUAUUCUCCAUACUGUUCUCUGUAUAUUUCUUAAAGUGCUGACAAGGAGAAUUAGUUUAAUGAUCAAGAGCUGCUUUAGUUGGUGAUCAUUUCCUUUAUUCUUGUGACAUUAAUGUGUGAUUCAGAGGUGAUAUUGUAAGGAGAAAUAAGAUGUUGGUCACUCUUGGGGGUCAAAAGGUUAAUGCAUGAGGAAGCAAGGAGAAAGAGCCUUGAGGGAACAUUGACAGUGUAGAUGCAUUUUUAAAAGUCAUGAUGAUUUUAAACCUAUACACUGAGUAAUAAAAUCAUAACAGAUUGCUGUGUGACUGCCAAGCACAGGUGGCUAAAUGAGGAUCUUUCUUGCAAUUUUAUUUGUGUUUGUGUUUGUAGAAAGAGAAGCUUGUGAAAAAUGUUCCCCUUUCAAAUCUUCUUCUGGAAACUGAUUCCCCAGCCUUGGCAGCUGAAAAACAGGUAUUAAGACUAAAGUCUGAAUUCAGGAGUAAAGAAAAUAUGGCUGUAUUGAAGCCCUUCUGCUCAUUUCUGUGGCUUUACUGCCUUCUCUCUCAUAAAACAUACACAAAACCAUUUGUCUUUUUUGACAAAGAGUACUGAAAUUUGCUAGUACAAUGUUUACAGUACAAUACUCAGUCUACUAACAACACUUCUGUUUAUAUGGUACUUAUGUGUCCAUCAAUUCAAAGCUUCAGUAUCUUUCUUCCCCCCCCCCCCAGGCAAUGCCCUGGCAAUUGAACUCUUGAAGAAUGGUUUGUUCAAAUUAACUUUUUUUGUGUGUAAAAUGCAAAAUCAGCAACCUUGACUCUCUACAUAGUGACCAAACUUUGAAAGGUGCACCUUGUAGACCUUUUUUCUGAGCCAUUCGCUUGUGAAAGUGAACUACAGUCAAACCUCCCUUUGCAACCACUCAUAAGGGAACACCUUUAUCAAAAUUCCAGAAGUUUCCAAGUUAAAUCACUAUAAGUGGAACUUCUUUUAAGCAACCACUUCUUGUAAGUGACUCCCUCUUGUAAGCUUUUAUUGAAGCUUAUGUUCAAGGGAAUUCUUCAUGAUGUACCUUAUUUAUUUAUUUAUUAUUUUUUAGACAAGAAAUGAACCCAAGAAUAUCAGAAUAUCCUGUGAAGCAAUUGCUCAAAUUAAAGGCAUUCCAGUUCAGACAGUUUAUGAAGAAACGACCAAGAAUGCUUUGAAGUUGUUCCCCAAACUGCAGAGAUUUAUAAGAAAGUGACAUCAAGACUACUAAGUGGAUAUAUUAAUGGAUUGGAUUAUUAUAUACAGCUAAUCUUACGUGUACAUAACAAGAG